UCUCUGCUUUCUGCUCGUAUUUUGUAAAAAGACUAAUAAACAGAAUGUGGACAUACUGGAGGAUGAUUCUGAAAAUGAAAACAAAGUAAUUCCCUUUCCGGACUCUUUCACGAGACUUGUUAACGAGCACAUUAGGGAUUCCCUGAAUGCCCUCUCGGUGAAAGAAGCAUCGCGCUUAACGAUAGACUGCAAUGAUUACGUCACAGAUAAGAUAUUUAGUAAUUUUAGGCAGUCAAAAUUUCGAUGGGUCCAUAAUGGAAUGCGGCUUUCUACUGAUAAAGGGCGAGUGGUACAUAAAAAGGGUAUACUGACGUUUAGUAGGGUAAUGUUGAAGGACGGAGGAUCGUAUCUUUGUCAGAUAGAAUAUCAGCCAUAUUUAGUGAAGACAGUCAGUGUGUAUUCACUGAUGGUCAAACCACUCAGGCCACAACCUAGAGUUGUUAAAUAUGGCAAAAAAUUCUGCAUGCAGUGUAACAGUGCAGGUAUAGGACACGCCUAUCUGUAUACAAAACGUAACUGGAUCAUAAACAACACGUACUCUGUUUUUCCAAACAGCAUUCCUGCCACCUCUAUCUUUGAAGACUGUAUAGAUUUCGCGCUGCCCAAAAUGACUGGCUUUUGGAAGUGUGUGACGUCCCAGGAAUAUUCAACAAAGGAAUGGACAACUGCAUUCUAUCAAAUACAAGUGACCAGAGAGCCCUCGUUUUUAGGGAAAAUUGAAAAUUUUUUCAAAGAUAAUUGGAUUCAUAUAACUUUAAUUCUUCUGGGUAUCGUUUUAUUUCUUGUGUCGUUUUUCGUUGCAAAAUUCAAGAAGGGGGCGUUUUUGAAAGGGGUAAGUUCAGAAAAAGCACCAUUGACAACUACAGAAGAGGAAACUCGAUCAGAAAAUGCACCACUUACAACUGAAAAUUAUAGUGAAAACUAAAAAGUACUUUGAUGAUCCUGCGAACUAAAGUUGAUUUCGCAAAUAAAAUAUAUAGAAGCAUUUUUUUUAACAUGAAUGCAAUAUUUAAAAAAAAAAUAAUGGCUAUACAACAACUGAUUUGACCUUAGUUAUUACCAUCAUAAUCUGGACGCAAGUAAAUA